AUGUGUGGAAUCUUUGGAUACGUGAACUUUUUGGUCGACCGCUCCAGAGGAGAGAUCAUGGACAAUCUCAUCGAGGGACUCCUGAGAUUGGAGUACAGAGGUUACGACUCUACCGGUAUUGCCGUGGACGGUAAGGAAAAGGGAGAAAACUUCAUCAUCAAGACCCCAGGUAAGGUCAAGGUGUUGAAAGAAGAGAUCAUCAGACAGAACAUCGACCGUGACCAGAUCUUUGACAACCAUGUUGGAAUUGCUCACACCAGAUGGGCCACUCACGGUCAGCCCGAGUACCUGAACUGUCACCCACACCGUUCCGACCCAACGGGCGAGUUUAUUGUGGUUCACAACGGUAUCAUCACUAACUACCGUGAGUUGAAGACAUUGUUGCUCUCCAAGGGCUUCAAGUUCGAGUCUGAAACCGAUACAGAGUGUAUUGCCAAGUUGUUCAAGCACAUCUACGACACCAACGAGAAGGAUGGCGUGGACUUGGACUUAAACGAAUUAACCAAGCAGGUUUUGUACGAAUUAGAAGGUUCCUACGGUUUGUUGGUCAAGUCCACUCAUUACCCUGGUGAGGUCUGUGGAACGAGAAAGGGUUCGCCAUUGUUGGUGGGUGUCAAGACCGAGAAGAAGUUAAAGGUGGAUUUCGUGGACAUUGAGUUCCCCGAGAACCAGGACAACUUUGCCAACCCACACGGAGUCAACGGCGCUGAAUCCGCAUUGAGAACCUCUCAAUCAAGAGCUUUCUUUGCUGAUGACGGAAUUCCUUCGCCAGUGGAGUUCUUCUUGUCUUCUGACCCAGCUUCUGUGAUCCAACACACCAAGAAGGUGUUGUUCUUGGAGGACGACGACAUUGCUCACAUUUACGACGGUGAGUUGCACAUCCACAGAGCCAAGAAAUCUACUGCCGGUGAGUCUACUGUGAGACCUAUCCAGACGCUUGAGAUGGAGUUGAAUGAGAUCAUGAAGGGUCCAUACAAGCACUUCAUGCAGAAGGAGAUUUUCGAACAGCCAGACUCCACUUUCAACACUAUGAGAGGCCGUGUUGACUUUGAGAACAACACCGUCAACUUGGGAGGCUUGAAGUCGUGGUUGCCUACCGUCAGAAGAUGCAGAAGAAUCAUCAUGAUUGCGUGCGGAACCUCUUACCACUCUUGUUUGGCCACCAGAUCUAUUUUCGAGGAGUUGACCGACAUUCCUGUUUCUGUGGAGUUGGCCUCCGACUUCUUGGACAGAAAAUCUCCAGUUUUCAGAGACGACACCUGUUUGUUUGUCUCGCAGUCCGGUGAAACUGCAGACUCCAUGAUGGCCUUGCAGUACUGUUUGGAGAGAGGUGCUUUGACCGUUGGUGUGGUGAACUCGGUUGGUUCCAGUAUGUCUAGACAGACCCACUGUGGUGUCCACAUCAACGCCGGUCCUGAGAUCGGUGUGGCCUCCACGAAGGCAUACACCUCGCAGUACAUUGCCUUAGUUAUGAUUGCCCUUUCAUUGUCCAACGACUCCAUUUCCAAGAGAGAACGUCACAUUGAGAUCAUCAAGGGCUUGAAGAAGAUCCCCGAGCAAAUCAAGAAGGUUUUGCUCUUGGAAGAUAAGAUUAAGGAGUUGUGUAACACCUUUUUGGACAAGCAGAAGUCCUUGUUGUUGUUGGGUCGUGGUUACCAGUUUGCUACUGCUUUGGAGGGUGCUUUGAAGAUCAAGGAAAUCUCGUACACACACUCGGAGGGUGUUUUGGCAGGAGAGUUAAAACACGGAGUGUUGGCCUUAGUUGACGGUGAGUUGCCAAUUAUUGCCUUUGCCACAAGAGAUUCCUUGUUCCCUAAGGUCAUGUCUGCCAUUGAACAAGUGACUGCUAGAGAUGGAAGACCUAUUGUCAUCUGUAACGAGGGCGACGAUGUGAUGAGCGAUAAGGCUUACGCCACCUUGCAUGUUCCAUUGACUGUGGACUGUUUACAGGGAUUGUUGAAUGUGAUUCCUUUGCAGUUGAUGAGCUACUGGUUGGCAGUGAACCGUGGUGUGGAUGUUGAUUUCCCACGUAACUUGGCCAAGUCCGUUACGGUGGAGUAG